UUUUUUUUUUUUUCGUGCCUUUCAAAUCUUCACUUUGACAAUUUCACCAUAACAGACAAGAAGCUUUUCCUUCAUUCUCUCUCAUUCAACUACUGAGAACUUCGCGAAGACAUCUUCGACAGUUUUAAAGGACACACUUUUCUGCUGAUUUCUUCAUUUGAGUGUUUAAAAAAAAAACAAAAAAGAAGAAGUUGGAAUGAUUUUAGAAGUGAAGUGAAUCUACACAGUCAACAGAUCUGCAGAACUUCUGGAGAGACAGACGGUCGACUCAUUUGCUCCUCGUGUAUCACUUAGUGUGGUGGGGGAGCGGAGAUGUAUCGAUGGAUUUUAGUUGUUGUGUCUGUGCACUGCACCGUCCAAGGUUUGAACGUGCCAGUAAUUGAGCCAUCAAGCUCAGAUAUCACAGUAGAUGUUCAUGGAGAACUGAAGCUCUCAUGCAAAGGAGAUGACAAUGUUAUCUGGGUACCAAAGUCUAGAAGAUUCAAGAAGUUUGUCAGGAAAGAAGGAAAAUCCAGUGUCUUCCAAAUUCAGGCAGCGGUGGAAAUGACUGGCACAUAUACAUGCACAUACGAGGGUGCAAAAGACCUCAAUGCAUCCAUAUAUGUUUAUGUUAAAGAUCCAACUCAGUUCUUUUACAUUGACACCUAUGCUUACCAUAAACUAGAGCAAGAAGGUGCCAGUGUCCUUUUGCCUUGCAUCCUGACUGAUCCCAGCAUUGUGGACGUCUCCCUCAAAAUGGCAAAUGGGAGCGAGCCUCCCAGAGGAAUGAAUUACACCUUUGAUUCGAAACGUGGCAUAACAAUCCAAAAUGCUCAGCCUCAUUUCAGUGGUGAUUAUGUUUGCUACGGCAGAAAGGGUGAAGACUGGAAGUACUCCAGAGCAUUUUCCUUUAAUAUCUAUCCUAAACUGCGCCAUCCACCGUAUGUUUCCCUGGAGAGAACUACACAUGUCCGAAUAGUCGGAGAGUCUUUUAAUAUCAGCUGCACCACAUUUAACCUCAAUUUCAACUACAAUGUUACAUGGAAGUAUCCAGCAAGCAAGACCUUUCUAGUUGACGAAGAAUCGAAAUUUAAGGACACCCACCUGUUUAUCAAAAGCAGACUGAGUAUCCCGUCAGUAACAAUGGAAGACACUGGAAAUAUCACCUGCAUCGGGAAAAACGAGGCCGGCGUCAACAGCACCAGCACAUUCCUGCAAGUGGUUGAGAAAGCCUACCUCAACUUUUUCAACCCCCAGAACACCACUUAUGAGGUUCGAGAAGGAGACAAUUUAGAGCUGAAGGUUCUUUAUGAGGCAUAUCCACCAGUCCACAAAACCAAAUGGGACACACCCAGCUCACACAAUGAUUCAGCUCACAAGGAAGUCUUUCACAGUUUUAAUAACAGAUAUGAAACCACCCUUUCCCUAAGCAGAAUAAAACCAACAGAAAAAGGUCAAUACACAUUCUUUGCAAGUAAUGAAAAAGUCUGCUCAUCUGUGAACUUCCAUAUUGAGCUAUACCAAAAACCCACUGUGUCCCUGACUACCGUCAACAGUAGCAUUCUUGUCUGCAAAGCAUCUGGCUAUCCAGCUCCCAACAUUAAGUGGUUCAUAUGCUCCAGUGAGGAGGAAAGAUGCACACAGAAUACCACUGAUAUCUCCGAACAACUUUCAGCAGUUGUGUAUGUUUCUGAAAAACUCCUGUAUGAAAACGUUGAUGUAGAGAGUACAGUGAUAAUGCCAGAAUUUAAUAAAAGGAAAACCAUGGAGUGUUUUGCAUCCAAUCUCGCUGGAGAAGGUUAUGCCACCCACCUGACACCGUUAACAUUGAGAAAUAUCAGCAUUAAGAAUGAACUCUUUACGCCAAGCAUCUCGGCUUCAGUGUCCGUGGCGGCUGUGUUUUUCAUCCUGCUGCUCUUCCUUCUGUACAAGUACAAAAAGAAGCCCAAGUAUGAAAUUCGCUGGAAGAUCAUCGAAGCAACUGACGGGAAUAACUACACCUUUAUUGAUCCAUGUCAAUUGCCAUACAGUGAGAAAUGGGAGUUUCCUCGUGACAAACUGCGCCUAGGUAAAAUUCUUGGUGCAGGUGCAUUUGGAAAAGUAGUUGAAGCAACUGCCUUUGGCCUGGGGCAAAACGAAUCUGUAAAAGUGGCUGUUAAAAUGCUUAAACCGACAGCUCAUUCGGAUGAGAAGGAGGCUCUGAUGUCAGAACUGAAGAUCUUGAGUCACUUGGGACACCACAAGAACAUUGUGAAUCUGCUAGGAGCCUGCACCCAUGGAGGUCCGGUGCUUGUCAUUACUGAAUACUGCAGCUAUGGUGACCUGUUAAACUUCCUCAGGCAAAAAUCUGAAAAUUUCCUUACUUGCAUCAGAAAUGGGAUAGUGAUGCAGGAAAACAAUGACUAUCAGAACCUGACAAUUGAUAAGAAAUAUCUACGAAGUGACAGUGGGGUUUCGAGCUCUUGUUCAGUUGGCUACCAGGAAAUGAAGCCUGUUAAUUCAGCAAACAACUCAGCCCAAGGGUCCACAUGUGAUUAUAUUGAAGAUGAUUGCUGGCCACUGGACAUGGAUGAUUUGCUGAGAUUUGCCUAUCAGGUGGCACAGGGAAUGCAUUUUCUUGCGUCAAGAAAUUGCAUCCACCGAGAUGUUGCUGCCAGAAAUGUGUUGCUCACAGAGGGACAUGUGGCCAAAAUCUGUGACUUUGGCUUGGCCAGGGACAUUAUGCAUGAUGCAAACUAUGUGGUGAAAGGAAACGCCAGAUUGCCUGUCAAGUGGAUGUCCCCUGAGAGCAUCUUUGACUGUGUGUACACUGUGCAGAGUGACGUCUGGUCCUAUGGUAUCCUUCUGUGGGAAAUCUUUUCUUUGGGAAAGAGCCCCUACCCCAACAUGCUGGUAGACUCAAAAUUUUACAAGAUGGUUAAAGAUGGAUACCAGAUGGAGAGACCUGACUUCGCACCACCAGAAAUGUAUUCUAUCAUGAAAAUGUGCUGGGACCUGGAGCCAACAAAACGGCCGACCUUUAGUAAAAUUGGACAGCUUAUCGAGAGACUACUGGGAGAGGAGACUGAGCAGAUGAACGGAAAUGUCCAUAAACCAGCAAUGGAGGAAAACCUUGGUCUUGGUGGAGAUCCUGAGUGCUGUGAGGAGUCUUGUGAGCUAGUAGAAGAGACACAGCCACUCACGAAGACUAAUAAUUAUCAGUUCUGUUAAGCUGCAUUUAUUCUGGACACACUGUGGAGGGGCUGGGGUGGUGAGCAGGACUCUGUUUCAGUAUCAGUCAUUUCAAAUGCUCUUUGUGCUAAGAGACACCAGCCCAGCAGUCAAAGAUACACUGCCAUGCCUUAAAUGAUAAUUUAUUACUGUAGCAUUCUGUUAAUGACCAACAGGUCAGUUUCAGUUGAGUUUUCAAGUCUUCUAACUAAUCAUUUAUCACUCAACACCAGCAACACAUUUUAAGUUGAAUCAACUGAAAUGAUUAUUUUUGCUCACAUAUUUUCCUUGCUUCUGUCAUUUAAGCAACUUUUUGGUUGGCUGCUUUAGUAACUGAUCGAUUGUCUGAUCUUGUUAAUGUUGGUUCCAGUGUCCAAAAAACAGAACUGGAGGCUUCAACAAACUUGCUUUAAACAAUCUGAAUUUAAUUAAUUUUCAGAAGUAUUUUUAGGAAAAACAUUUACAUUGUGUUUCUUAUUACUGUCCGUAUACACUAAUGGUGGAUUAAUAAUUACCUGCUUACUACACAGCAAAUCGGCGAUAUUAUGAUGUAUUUACCACAUUACUCAAUCAACAGUACUGGUAGGUACACACGAGUCAUUUUUAUUAUAUACCUGAGUGUGUACUUUCUCCUACCACUGCCAAGAUAAACAGUAAGAAUACCAUAAUAGUAGACAUUUAUGUACAUUGUUGUUAAGCAAGUAAGUAAUCAUAGUGGACGUACACAGAAAUAAGAGAUACAUAAUGUAAACUUAUGUUUUUGCUUUUCUUUUAAGAUCCUUGUUUUCACCAAAUGUUCCUUGAUAUUUCUGGGAAAAUGUGAAGAGCCAUGUUGUAAAACUAACCAUAAAGUAAAAUUCUGGUCUCAGACAGUUGGGAUGCUAGACUGCGGACUACUGUAUACAAAGAUGAAGUGAGAAUCAAGCAGCAUACUUCAUCUGCGUAUCUUAGUGCCUACCCUGAGAUCAACUGACUGGUUUCUAUUAACGUUCUGACUUUUCUCCCAAAAUGAUGAGCAUUUCAAUUCACUGUACUGAUCUGAUUCUAUCGAGCGUCCCAUUUAAGUGAUUUGAUUCUUUUGAUUCAUUUGAUUCGUUUACAGUCUGGGAAGUCCACAAGUUGGUUAAUAUAUAAUUUAAUAAUUAAUUAAUUAAGUUAAGUAUUCAUAAAUAUAUAACUAUUUAUAUAUAAUUAAUUAAAUAUCUAGUAUGAAAAUUCUGUUUCCAUACACAAAGCAUGGUAACACAUGUAAGAUGCAUAAUUUAAAAUAAGACGUUUUUGUUACAGAAUCACAAGUGAGCGACAAUUGUGCAGUGAUUUGUUUGUGAACCAAAUGAAUGGGAAUUGUAAGACUAUUUUUCGGGUAGUGACUCAUUCAGGAAUCAAAUGAAUGAGAAUCAUUAGAUGGAUUCUUGGCUAGUGACUCAUUCUUGAAUCAUGUGAAUAAAAAUCAUUAGAUUGAUUCUCGGCUAGUGAUUAAUUCAUGAACCAAAUGAACGAGAAUCACUAGGCUGAUUUUCGUGUAGUAACUUGCUCGGGAAUCAAAUGAAGAAAACUUGUCAGUCUGAUUUUCGUGUAGUAACUCAUUCAUGAACCAAAAGAAGGAGAAUCGUUAAACUGAUUCUUGGGUACUGACUCGUUCACGAAUCAAAUAAGUCAAGACUAAUGAUUCAGGCGGUUCAUGUGCUUUAAACAUCGACUGACAAUAUUCACGCUGGAAGACAUUGAUCAAUUUGUCCAUGACUUCGUUCAUAUGAUUCACUAAAAAUAGUCGUUCAAAAAGAAAGAAUCGUUUGUGAAAUCCCCAAUACUAGGAGAAGGCUCUCAGUGAUGUUGUGACCAAAACAAAGCUUUUUAAAUUUUUUUCCUUUCAACUAACACAUAAAAAAGAAAAAUAGACAACUAAUUCUAGUGUGAUGUUCUAUCAUUUAAUUACACCCCGUUACUUAGCUGUGCUCAUUUCAUUUCUAAUGUUUUAGUGCAAUUCCAUGUUUUGGAAAGCUCAUGUACUGUAGGCAUACAUGAGCUUUUUUUGUUGUUACUCGACUAUGAAAUCAUUUGUAUGUUUGCUUUGUGACCGAUGUUCUCCUUCUAUUUCACAAUUCCCGCUCUUACCUGAUGGUAUACUGAAGCUGCUUGCUCAUGACCAUGUCUUUUAAGAAACCCUCAUUAGAGAUUCAUCUAAAAUUGAACACUGUAGAAGAAUUUACAACUCCAUCAUGUGUGCCUAAGAACCUGUUGGUAGUGAUAACACCAGGGGCUCAAUUGAGAGUGCAAGCUAUUACUCCAGAGAAAUGAUCACAUGUCUAGAGAGACAAGAUAGUCAUGAUAAGUCUAUCUGUGGCCCGAUGGCAAGACUAAAUCAAUUAUUUUGUGUCUUUCUGUGUAUACAGAUGUUAUUUGUUGACUUAGUGGUUGAGUGCUUUGUUGAUUUUUUUUUCUUUAAUGGUGGUUCAGAUGAAAAAAAUCAAAGAUUAAGCUGAAAUUUAUAAAUUAAUUGCAACUUUUUUCAUUUUUAAUAAAAGACAACGUCUUCCACCUAAAUAAAUAUUUUUUUUUUUUGUUAUUCAGGGUUAGAGUAGGGGAUGAUGCCUUAGAGGCAUGCUCUGGCACACUUAGCCUAAAUCAAUAAAAUUAGUUUUAUAGAAGGACUUAAACCAGCCCGGCUGUCUCUCUAAAGUAAAUAAAUAAAUUUUUUUUUUUUUAAUAUUUUCUUUAUAAUGUGCCUAACACCAUUAUAUUAUAAAUCAUCUAUACUCUUAAAAGAAGGGUAAAAUAAGUAGGGCUCUAAAAACAGACUUUCCCCCUCCCACUCGCCCUAAAAAGAUUUAAAAGAUAUAAAAAAUCAUUUUUGAUUAAAUGCACCAUUAAAGAGAUAAAAAAUAAUUAAAUACAUAAAUAAAUCAGUAAAUAAGUGAUCUUUAUCCAUCCAUCCAUUAUCCAACCCAGUAUAUCCUGGAGCCAAUCCCAGCCAACACAGGGUGCAAGGUCUUUAUAUUCAUUUAUAUUCCCAAUUAAAUUAGGGUUAAAAAGUGGAAUAAAUAAUUAAGAUUAGGAACUAAAAAACUAGAAAUGACAUACACAGACUUAACAGAAGGGACCCAUUAAUAGUGAUUUUAAGGUAAAGGGUAGGGGUGAGGGGUAGACCUUUAUUAUUCUUUUUGAAGAAGACUGAUUUUAAGAUUAGGGACCUUAUAGAGGGUCUUGUUAGGUUAGGGUUAGAUAGGUGAGUGUAAGAACAGUCCGCAGUUAAUAACACUAAAUUAUAAUGCAGGAUAUCCAUUCCAUUGUUAAACUUCAAACUAAAAUUUGGUAUUGAUUUCUUUUUUUUUAAUUAAAGGCUGACACCUUUACUCAAGGUGACUUACCAGUGUAGAAACUCAUAAGUCUUUACGGGUAUUUUUGUACAUUUGGAGCAAAGGCAGGUUACACAGAUAUGAAAAGGUAAGAACUGGAAUGGAAACCAUGAGGUUUAAAAGACCAGUGUCUCCCCUUCAAGUCUUACCUUAGUGGCUUUUUUGAGGCUUUGAACCACAAAUCACAAGGUUCCAGUUUCAUCUCCAAGCCUUGAUUCCCUGUGUGGCUCUGAAUUAGCCAUUUCUCCUGCGUGCACUCACAGUUAACAAACAAUUGAGCUGAAUACAUAAAUUAUUCUGAGAGUUCCCUAUGGACGCUCCUCUGUCAUAUAACCAAUUAAACUACUGGACCUAAGAACAACCAAUGCUCACAGUAUAAAUAUUUUGAAACAGUUGUCUCCUUAUGUCCCCCACCGCCAUUAACUCUGAUAGGUAAACUGAAUUUUUUGCUUCUCAAAUUUGUGACUGAACUUCAAAAACCAAUGCUACUUCGUUUAAUGUCACCUACCCCACUGCCAGCCAGUGCAGAAGAUGAUUUGGAUAGUUUGGUUUUUGAGGAGGUUAGUUGGAGUGUCAGGCUGUCAGAGAUCUUUUGAACUCUCUACUCGAAAUCCAAGAGAGCUUGAUGUUCGAGUCCAUAAAGGUACAAGACAAUGCAGAGAGGAUAUAUAGGAGUCAUCCUUUCUUUUAAAGGUGUCAUUAAAAGCAUUAAUACUUGAAGUAUUUGAACUGAAUGCACUUAGGACUGUAAUUGUUUAAAUAAUUUUAAAAAUGAAUUAUGUAGCAAUAGAAAACAGCCACACCAGCUGACAAACACUGCCAUGAUAAGCAUAAAUAAGGAUCAUCUUUUGUGAUGCUGUUAUGCUUUUAUUAAAUGAACCUUCCCUUAAUAAAAUACUUUGUAUACUGUAUGUUCAGCAUGCAGCUCUUAGUAAACCACAGCCUUCCAUUUGUCUUCCAUGUUACACCUGCUCUAUAAAAGUAUUAUAUACAUAAUAAUAUGUUUCACUGACAUGGAUGAGGCUUGAGGCUUUGUUAGGCUGCUGUCAAUGAAGCAAACACCUUGAUCUUUUACCAAAUCAUUUUAUACUAAGUAACAAUAACAUUUGAAAUUACUAAAUCAAAUGUGUUCUGCUUCUUUUCAACUGGUCACAAAUGUGAAAUGCUUCAACGUGUAAGUCAACAGGCAGGAAGGACUUUUUACAACAAAGAUAACGGGUGCUUAAGACAUUUGGCUUAAAUGGCGGCGUCCUGAAAUUCAGAGCGUCCUACUUAAACAUAUUUUUAAUUGCAUCAAAUCUACUUUACGGAAAUGUACUGUACAAUUCAGCAUCUCUACUGCCAAAGAUUUUAUAGAUGAUUUAUAAACUCUUUUUUUUUACUCAUAAUGUGUUGUCAAUCUAAGCUAUAGAUUUAAUGGUUUCAGACCAGAGACCUUAUCGUGUAAAGUGGGAACUUAAUAUUUGUGUUUAUAAUAUCUAUCAAUUUAAUGUUUGCUUAAAUAUAUCUUACUUUUUUUUUAAUAAUCAGAAAACCGUUUUUAAAAGAUACAUUUUAAUGAUUUAAUAUUUGUAUGAAUAUUUCUUUCUUUCUUUCUUUGUAAUGCUACAUUUAUAGAGAUGAGUAUAUUAGCCUCUGUCUCAGAUUAGCGAGAGUAUAUCAUUCCUGCAAGCAAACUAUGAUUCUUAGCAUGAUGAGAGAAGUCGCAAAAUCUACCGGAAUGUUCAAAUAAAUUAUAGAAAAAAACCCAAUCUAAAUCUGUUAA